AAUAAUAUGGUGGCGAUGUUUGAGAGGUCCAAGAGUUUUGUCGACGAAGACCCUUACGCUGUGCCCACACAACCCAAUGGCGGCGAACGGGUGGCCAAAAAUGGGGGCAAACAGGGCUCGGAAAAGGCACGACCGCCUCGACUGCCGCCCAGGGAUGGUAUGGGCCGUAAGAAACAUGCGAUAGAUUUGCCACAACCCGACUACGAGGUGGACAGUGAAAAUAAUUUCACCGCUCAGACCAAGACUAUCACUGAUAGGAAAUUUGAAGACCCCUAUUAUUGUGGAUUUAAGGCCAGAGUACCAAACUUUGCCAAACAGGCGAAACAGCGGUCGACAACAGCGGCCACCACUACCACCACAACCACAACGACCGGCCAAUCGGUGGUCAAACCGGAGCCGCCGAUCCUCAAGAAGGCCAACAGUAAAGGCCUAUUUGGGGGCAAAUUAAAGGCCGGUAGCGGCGGUCACUACGGGCUGACACACUCCGAGUCGGACAGCUUUCUGUCCAAAAUAAACACCACUAAUAGUAUAAGUAGUGGUUAUAUAAGCAAUAAUAGCGUUCGUAGCGAUAAUAACGACAUUUACGGUAUUAAUCGUAAAUUGAGUCUACAGUCUAAGUAUGGCUACCCAUUGAAGUCCAAUCAAAUGGGUUCCGUACACCACCACCAGAUGUUUAGCCCCCGGGGCGGUGGGGCUGCCGGUGCCGGUCGGGGCUAUGUUGUCGGCGAUUGGGAAUAG